GUUUUAGUGAACGCUGCUGCGGCUUCUUAUUGUCGUUGAUUGGUUAUAGUUAAUAUUUCUUAAUUUCUAAAAGUAUAUCGUAAUAAGGAUUAGUAUUAUGCGUAAUGUCUACUUCAAGUAAUAUUUCUCAAUCGGUCUACUCUCCUUCUGAAUCAGAAACUCCACAAGGUACACCACAAAAGAAGCUUCAGAAUUUUGAUCAGUCAGUAAGCCAUGUCGAUUUAGGCCACAGUAUAGAGUUGUCUGUGAAGAACGCCCAAAAAGAACAACACCAAAAACGAAUACAAGGAUUGAGAAAAGAACUAGACUUCUUAAAAUCCACUGAGUGGAUGUUUGAAUGUGAUAAGGGAUUUGCUCAGUAAAUGAAAGUAAAGAGAAUAAGAAUUGCAAAAUGUUCUCGUAUUUAUUAUCGAUAUUUAAUUAUUUUUUUCCUAAACAUUCAGAAAUUGACACUGAUGAUGAUAAACAAGAAUUUUUAGCUGAAGAACUUGUAAAAUUAGAGGCAGAUAAACAUCAAAAUGAUUAUGUUACUGACAUGCCUUCUGUUCCUAAAACAAUUCCCAGAAAUACUGAGUGCUUUCAGAGGACAGGAGUAAUCACUUACCUAAGCGAAGAUUGUGUACUCAUUGAUGGAAUGCUCUUUUUUGACAGUACAUUUUGUUCAAUAACAUUGAGUUUGAAUGACAAAGUCUUAUACCUGGGCUACAUAGAUAAAAAAGAUUCGAUAGUAGUUGUAAGGAUAUUGGAAAAUCUAGGAUUGGCCUGGUCUGAGAAAGAAGAAGUACACGAGAGUAGUUAUAAAGUUAUAGAGCAUGUGAUUGUGGGUGAAGUAUCGAGAAGAGAAGAUCGCUUUGUGCUAAUGAAGGAUGGUGAUUUGAAAUUCAGUUUGGAUGAUGUUGAAGCCACUUUUGUGCCCGUAAAAGGGGAUUGGCUUGAACUUAAAUGUACUAUGCAAUUUGAUGAAGAAAAUCCUACUGACAUUUCAGCGGCCCAGGUACUCCAAGUAAUUGCCUUCAGAGCUUUGAGAACUAAAAUCAAGAGUGGAAAAGUCACAGAUUGGCUAGGGCAAAGUGGAAGAUGUGACGGAAACAUCUACUUUGACGAGCACAGCUUUGAAACAAGUUUUAUUCCAAAAGUUGGAAAUAAAGUCAUGGUAGAAGCUAUAGAAAGCAAUCAAGGCACUUGCUCAUGGAGGGCUCUCAAACUUGUCAUUGUUGAUUCAAACAUCAAACAAGUAAAUAAAUCCCAAACCACUGAAGAGAAUGAUGUAACUUUGAAAGUGGAACAAGAUAAAAAUAUUGCAUUCACCUAUCCUAUCAAAUUUGAAAAUGUAAAUUAUCAAAGUACUGAAAAAAUAACUCUAAGCAUCACCAACAAUAGUAAUGAAGUAUAUAUAAUGAACAAGUGGAUAGUCUUGAGUAAGAAGAGAGACUCUCAAAUAGAUAUCAAACCAUUUUUAACUCGUCCAACCAGAUUGUACCCAAAACAGACUAUUUCUUUUAACGUCACAUGUUAUCCAAAAUUCUUGGGAAAUUCGAAAGAAUGUUUGAUAGUAAUGUUUAGAGGUUUUCAGUUAAAAAGAUUCAUAGAAAUAAACGUCGUCAACAACAAUGAUGAGUGUAGUGGAAUAAUAGAUAAUUACAUAAACACAUGUAAAUCUGAAAAAGAAAAGAUAUCAAAAAUGAGAGACAUCAGAAAAAGCGAAAAUACAUUUAUACCCGGAGUUAAGGUUUUGAAGCCGCCAGCAUUUAUUCCAGUGAAACUUGGAAUUUUUCCAAUACCAGAAAAAAUUUGGUCAGCUGUGUUGGGGGAUUCGGAGCAAACAGUUCAUGGUACAGACUAUAUAAAAAUUUUGGACAGAAUAGAGUCAACUUUACCUUAUCUAUUGAAAGAAUUAUCUACUGAAAACUAUGUUAACAAAUGGCAUACCCUACUGUACAUGGAGGAGAUCCAACAUAAUAUUAACAUUAGAGUGUACGAUAUGAAAACAACAUUCUUGAUACGAUGUCAAGAAUAUCUUGCCAUUGAAAUUAGUGGUCUUUCUGAACGAAGACCUUCACUUAUGAAAGGUGACAGGGCUUUGGUAAAAGAUGUUUGGGACACAAAUUCUCCUAAAUAUGAAGGAUACAUUCACAACAUCCUUGGAGAUUUGGUACUAAUGAAAUUCAAUCAACGUUUUCAUGAAACUUAUUCAGGAAGUGAUGUUUCAUUGGAGUUUCAUUUUAGUAGAUCAACUUACAGGCGGCAACAUCAAGCUAUUAGCUUAGCCUUUUCGAAUCUGGGUUCUGAAAUAUUGUUUCCCAGAAAAAUAUUAUCGCGCACUCCACAAAUGCCGCUAGAAUGUGUUAAAGCGAUUAAAUGGUACAACGAGAAGUUGAACAAUGGACAAAAAGCAGCUGUAACAAAUAUUCUUGCUGGGGAAUGCCGGCCGCUUCCAUACUGCAUAUUUGGGCCACCUGGAACAGGAAAAACUGUCACUAUUAUUGAAACAAUCCUGCAAAUAUUGGCACAUAUACCAGAUAGCAGGAUUCUGAUUGCCACUCCGUCAAACAGUGCAGCUAAUUUAAUAACAGAAAGACUGAUAGAAAAUCGAAACUCAUUCACUGGAUCUGUAGUGCGUUUAAUUGCUAGCUAUUUGGUUGACAAUGAUAACAUUCCUGAAAAAAUAAAGCCAUUUUGUGCUACUAUGGACAUUGCAAAAGAAAGCACUGCAAAAUCUAAACACAAUGUUGCAGACGGUAUCCAAAUGCACUGCCAAACGUCAUUUAUUGGGCGACAUAGAGUUACUAUCGGCACGUGCAUAUGUCUUGGCGUAUUGGCUCAGAUGGGUUUGCCAAAAGGUCAUUUUACUCACAUUAUUGUGGACGAAGCAGGGCAAGCUCUCGAACCAGAAAUUAUGAUACCACUGACUUUUAUUGAUAAAGAAAAUGGUCAGAUUGUUCUAGCUGGUGAUCCAAUGCAACUGGGGCCAGUAGUAUUGUCAAAGUAUUGCAAAGAGUAUGGCAUGGAUAUUUCUUAUCUGGAGAGACUUCUUAAUACAUUCCCAUAUCAAAAAGAUUUCGACGCUUUUCAUGAUGGAUUUAAUCAUAAGUUGAUAACAAAAUUGAAUGACAACUACAGAUCACUGGAAGAAACACUGAAACUUUCAAGUGAAAUAUUUUAUGAUGGCUCUUUGGUACCAAAAUUAGACCGACAAGAACAAUGGGUUCUAAAAACUAUUAGUGUGAUAAAUGAAGUUAUGAAUUCUCCUGAUCAAGAUACUGGUGGUAUAUAUGUCUUUGGUAUUAAAGGCCACAACAUGAGGGCAAAGGACAGUCCGUCUUGGUACAACCCCCAAGAAGCUUCAAUGGUGGCACUGACUGCAUGCAAAUUGUUUAAGAGAAAUGUUUCUGCUAAUGACAUAGGAAUAAUUACACCUUAUAUUGCACAGAUGAAGUAUUUACGAGUUCUAUUUGAGGGCAUGGGGUUGCCUCAACCGAAAAUAGGAACAGUUGAAGAAUUCCAGGGUCAAGAGAGACCCAUAAUUCUAAUGUCGACUGUCAGAUCAACAAAGUCACUUUUAGUUGAAGAUCAUAAACAUACACUGGGUUUUGUGCAAAAUUCAAAACGGUUGAAUGUAGCCCUGACACGUGCGCAAAUUGCUAUUAUUAUAUUCUGCAACCCACACCUUUUGAAUACAGACCCACAGUGGAAUAAAAUUGUAGAAUAUUCUGUAAAAGAAGAUAAAUACAUGGGAUGUGAUUUGCCCUCUGAUUAUGAUUCAAAUACUAAUAAAAGUGUAGAAGAUUAAGUUGAUGUUGGUAUUAUUU